AAUUCAAAGUAAUAAAGAAACUUGGGGUCUAUAUAAAUGGAGACAGGAAGUGUGUGACUCUUGUCUCCUACACUAAAUUCUCUGAGCUCUUUCACCAAAAUAGAGAAUGGUGUGCAGAGCAGAAGAAGCAAUGAAGCAAAGAGAGAUGAUCAAGCGAUGCAAAGAAGAUGAUCAACAGAAGAAGAAGAAGAAGACGACGCAAUCAAUCACAAAUUGCAACAAAGAAAAGAGUUCCAAAUUCAAGAGAAGCACUAGUAAUCUCGAAAACGACGGAGCUUCCUCAGCUAUCUUCCUCCUCGCCUGCAUCGCCUGCUCCUCCUUCUCCUACCAUCUCUAAUUAUUAAUUCUGUUGUAUAAGUAGCUGUGGAAAACAUAUUGAGGGUGCCGGGUGCGUAUAAAAAAUAUAUAUAAUACGUUUUUUUCUAAUUACAUUGUUUUCAAACAUUAGAAAAAGAAUAUUAAUUACAUAUUCUAUGUUUGUAUUUAUGUUCGGAUUUGUAACAUUGCAUAACCGCUUAAUGACAUAAGCUGCAAAAUCAAAAA